CCAUGGUCCCAUCUCCAUUUGUCUCUCUCUCUCUCUCUCUCCACCCUUCCAAAAACUCAGAAAACAGCUUCAAGCUAAGUUGAUCUCUUCACCAAAUUACUUAUAUAAAAAAAGGCAGCGGCAGGCAGCAGAAUCCACACUAGAUCUUCCAAAUGGGAGCUGAACCCAUCAUUGUCUUUUCAGUUCUCUUUAUCUUCUUCACCGUCCCUGGAUUCUCAGCCAAGCUCCCAGCAGAUGAAUUGAAGGCGCUGAAGGUGAUUGGGACGAGAUUGGGGAAGAGGGAUUGGGAUUUUGGGAAGGACCCAUGUAGUGGAGAAGGGAACUGGAGUUCUGUGAAUGAGAAAAAGGGGGUUGAGAGCUCUGUAACUUGUGACUGCACUUUCCACCACAAUGCCUCCUGCCAUGUAGUAACCAUAGCUUUAAAAGCACAAAAUUUAUCAGGAAGCCUACCACCAGAACUCUCCAAACUUUAUCACCUCAAACAUCUGGACUUGUCUCGCAACUUAUUUAGCGGUUCGAUACCUUCCCAAUGGGCUACCAUGCGUUUGGUCGAACUCUCCUUGAUGGGGAACAGGCUAUCUGGUCCAUUCCCAAAAGUCCUCACCAACAUCACCACCCUCAGGAACCUGAGCAUAGAAGGGAACCUGUUUUCAGGACCUAUUCCUCCAGAGAUUGGAAAGUUGAUCAGAAUAGAAAAAAUGGUUCUAUCGUCAAAUGCCUUCACAGGAGAACUGCCAGUGGCACUUGCCAAGUUGACUAACUUGACUGAUAUGAGGAUAAAUGACAAUCAUUUCUCUGGAAGGAUACCUGAGUUCAUCGGCAAUUGGACACAUGUUCAAAAACUGCACAUUCAGGGUAGCUCUCUCGAGGGGCCUAUUCCUUCAAGCAUUUCUGCUCUGACAAGCUUAAGUGAUCUGAGGAUUAGUGACUUAAAAGGUAGAGGGUCUACUUUUCCACCAUUGAGUACCAUUGAAUCCCUGAAGACAUUGGUGCUGAGAAAAUGCUUAAUACAUGGAGAAAUUCCAGAAUAUAUAGGGGAUAUGAAGAAACUGAAGCACUUAGAUCUUAGUUUCAAUGAGUUGGCUGGUGAAAUUCCUACAUCAUUUCAGGAACUAGCUAAAACCGAUUUCAUGUAUUUGACAGGGAAUAUGCUCACUGGACAUAUACCUGACUGGAUCCUAGGAACAAACAAGAAUUUUGAUCUUUCUUAUAACAAUUUCACUUGGGAUAGUUCAAGUCCGGUUGAAUGUCCUCGAGGGAGCGUAAACCUAGUGGAGAGCUACUCAUCAUCAUCAGUUAGACGAAGUAUUCAUUCAUGCCUAAAACAAAACUUUCCAUGUCCCGCUUCGAGUAAUCAAUAUCAUUAUUCCUUGCGCAUUAAUUGUGGUGGAAAAGAAACAAGUAUCAAUGGUAGCACCACGUAUGAAGCUGACUUAGAACCAACCGGUGCUUCAAUGUUUUACUUGGGUCAGCACUGGGCAUUCAGCAGCACUGGAAACUUCAUGGACAAUGAUGUUGAUGGGGAUGCCUAUAUUGAAGCCAAUACUUCUUCCCUUUCCAAUGUCUCUGUGCUUGACGUCGAGCUUUACAAAAAAGCGCGUGUUUCUCCCCUCUCCCUGACUUAUUAUGGACUAUGUCUUGGAAAUGGGAAUUACACUGUUAAACUUCACUUUGCAGAGAUUAUUUUCAUAAAUGACAAGUCCUUUAACAGCCUUGGGGAGCGUAUAUUUGAUGUGUACAUCCAGGGAAAGUUGGUCCUGAAAGAUUUUAACAUUGAAAAGGAGGCUGGUGGGACUGGCAAGCCCAUUAUAAAGAACUUCACUGUAGAAGUAACAAGUCACACUUUAAAGGUCCAGUUUUACUGGGCUGGACGAGGGACAACCGGAAUCCCCCUGAGAGGAUUUUAUGGGCCUCUCAUAUCUGCAAUAUCAGUGGAUCCCAAUUUUGAACCUCCUUCCCCUCCUGGAAAAAAUUGGGACAUUAAAAUAGUGGUUGGGGCUGCAGCUGUUGCAGUAGUUCUUGUUCUUCUGACACUGGGUAUUUUACGGAGGAAAGGCUGGCUUGGAGGCAAAACAUCUGAAGAUAAAGAGCUUAGAGGUCUAGACCUGCAAACAGGAUUAUUUACAUUAAGACAAAUCAAAGCUGCAACCAAGAACUUUGAUGCAGAAAACAAGCUGGGAGAAGGUGGUUUUGGUGCAGUUUUCAAGGGUACAUUAUCAGAUGGAACAGUUAUUGCAGUGAAGCAGCUUUCCUCAAAAUCUAAGCAAGGAAACCGUGAAUUUGUGAAUGAAGUAGGGAUGAUAUCUGCACUGCAACACCCAAAUCUUGUUAAGCUGUAUGGAUGUUGUAUUGAAGGCAAUCAGUUAUCGCUGGUAUAUGAAUACAUGGAGAACAAUUGUCUGUCCCGUGCUCUUUUUGGGCGUGAUGCAACAUACAAACUGAAAUUAAACUGGUCCACCAGACAGAAUAUAUGUGUUGGUAUAGCUAGAGGUUUAGCAUAUCUCCAUGAAGAGUCAACAUUGAAGAUUGUGCAUAGAGACAUUAAAACUAGUAAUGUUUUGCUUGAUAAGGACAUGAAUGCCAAAAUAUCUGAUUUUGGAUUAGCAAAGCUAGAUGAAGAUGAUAACACCCACAUCAGUACUCGGAUAGCUGGAACCAUAGGUUAUAUGGCUCCUGAAUAUGCAAUGCGCGGUUACUUAACUGACAAAGCAGACGUUUACAGCUUUGGAGUUGUGGCACUGGAAAUUGUCAGUGGAAAGAGCAACACAAAUUAUAGACCAAAGGAGGAAUUUGUUUAUCUUCUUGACUGGGCCUAUGUUCUACAGGAGAGAGGAGGCCUAUUGGAGUUGGUUGAUCCAGACUUAGGUUCCGAAUAUUCAUCCGAACAGGCAAUGGUGAUGCUGAAUGUCGCUCUCCUCUGCACCAAUGCAUCCCCCACUCUUAGGCCUACAAUGUCUCAAGUGGUAAGCAUGCUUGAAGGCCGAACUGCAGUUCAGGACCUUCUUUCAGAUCCAGGGUUCUCAACCAUUAAUUCAAAGUAUAAGGCCAUCAGAAAUUUCUGGCAGAACCCAAGUGAAACUCAAAGCAUGUCUGUCUAUGGCACCUAUACUGAUUCCUCCGAGACAGUCACAGAAAAAGAAGAGAACAACCAGCUUUUAAGAGUCAGUUUCCAUACCUGUCCUGAGUAAAUGAUGUAUCAAAUAUCAUGUACAGUGGCAAGGGAAAAGUCCCUUUGUAUAUGUCCUUGAUAUAUCUUAGCUAUUCCAUAGUUUUUAUACUACAGCAGUGUCCAUGUAAAUUUUCAGUUCAGACCUAGUUGAAAUGCCUGUGAGAAUGGCAGCAAGAUGAUCAUUCUCAAGGUUUGUAUUGUAUGAAAAAAUCUCAGUUGAAAAAUCUUUAUCCAAAAGCUAGCAAAUAUUUGGACUGAUAUUGGUCCUUUCACAUCCUGAAAA